AAUUCCAACGGAACGCACCGCCCUUGCCUUUGAACUCUCUUCUCUCAGAUUGCGAUUCCAGUUCUCUUCUCUUCGAAAAGGUUGUUCAUCUAAUUCCUCAUUCUUGAUACAAACUGCAAAGUAUUCUUCUUUUUCUCGCACUCUGUUUUUGGUUGGUAUCAUCAUCGUCUACUCUCUUCCUUGAUUUGGAUAUAAUCGUUACAGGCUGAUCUUGAAGAAAUUGCGUCCAACAAAUAAUAUUUUCUUGUCCAGUUUCAUCUCUGUGAAGCGGGAAGAUGAAUGACCUAAUGACGAAGUCGUUUCUAAGUUAUGUGGAUCUGAAGAAACAAGCGAUGAAGGAUGUAGAAAGAGAUGUGGAGAUGGGGCAACUCGAGCCUUCACACGAAAUGAACCUUUCUAAAUUCUUGGAAGAAGCAGGCGCAGUGAAGGCCGAGAUGGAAGAAAUCACCAACCUCCUCCUCCAUCUUCAACACCUCCACGACGAGACCAAAUCCGCGCAAAGCUCCAAAAUCCUCCGAGGCCUGACGGAUCAGAUCAACUCCGACAUGGUCACAGUCCUUAGAAAAGCCAAAACCAUCAAAUCACGCCUUGAAUCCCUCGACAAGUCCAACGUGGCUAAUCGCAGCCUCUCUGCAGACUACAGAGAGGGCGGCCACGUGGAUCGUACAAGAACCGGUGUGACUCAUGGGUUGAGGAUCAAGCUCAAGGAGAUGAUGAACGAUUUUCAGUGUUUGAGGGAGAAAAUCGUGCAAGAGCAUAAACAGGGGGUUGAAUCGAGUGAUGGGAUGGUUGAGAGGGCGACCUCGGAUGGCCGGGUUGUGGUGUUUGAUGGGAAGGGGGAGUUGUUUGAGGAGAAUCGGCAGAGGGACGAAGCGGUCAAGGACUUGCAGAGGAGCUUGGUUGAGCUGCAUCAAGUUUUUCUUGAUAUGGCUGUGAUGGUUGAUGCUCAGGCUGAUAAUUUGAAUAAUAUUGAGCAGAAUGUGGUGAGCGCUGCCUCGGAUGUACGGGGCGGGGCCAAGGAGCUCGAUCGUGCUAGCCAGAUGAAGAAGAGGAGGACUUGUGCCUGCUGGAUUGGAGUGGUGCUGCUGGUCUUGAUGUUGGUGUGCCUCAUUGCCAUUUUCUUCUGAUUUUAAAGAAUCACUGCAAUUUGUUUGAUGAUUUCUUUUCAUCAUUCCAUAGUGUUGUGUUUAUGUUGGAUUUUUAUUCUUUUUCUUCAACUAUGUAAUCACUCAUCUUUUCUAUUGAAUACAACUUCGAGAAUUUUGAGUGCA